CUUGUCUUCCAUGUUGAUUUUCCGCGAUUCAAUUUUCGGAUUGCUUUUCCUAGGUUUCCGUACAUGAGUGUCAGGUAUCGAGAUCUGUUUAUAUGAUUGUGAAUAUCGAGAUAAAAAAUCAUAAUUAAUAUUAAUGUCAUAGAUUAGUAGUGAGCAAUGGGUUAUGUGAAACAUAACCUCAAAAAGGUUACGCACUGAUAACAGACUAAAAAUGAUAAAACAUAUGCUACUUUAUAGCUAUAGAUUAUUUAAUAAAAAUUUAUAUAUUUAAAGUGCUUACAUCAAAAUGUUUAAAUAGUAUUAUUUAUUACUUGUCAUAAAAAAUUAUAUUCAUUAAAAAAUAUAUUAAAAUUGUAAAAUCACAGUAUCAUUGUAAUAAUCUAUUAAAAAAUUGAUAAAGAAUCAACAUUUUUUUCAUAUUCAAUACUUUAAUAGUUUUAGUAUAGUUUAAUAUUAAAGUAUAGUAAUUAUUGUAAUGUAAUAUUUAACUUAUAUAAUUAAAUAUAUUCAAAAAAUGUUGUUAGAAACUGGAUUAUUGACAAAAUUUAUAUAUAUUGCAAUUGUGGUUACAAAUUAUUGGAUAAUUUCUAUAUUGACUGUAUUUAUAAAUAAAACUCUUUUAUCCAGUAAUACUAUAAAUUUGGAUGCACCUCUUUUUAUAACAUGGUGCCAAUGUAUAGUAUCUUUAGUUAUGUGUGUAAUUCUUAGUAAUUUAUCAAAAUGGUUCCCAAAAUAUAUUAAAUUUCCAAUUGGUAAUCCAUAUACCAAAGAAACCCUUAGAAAGGUAUUACCAUUGUCUCUCCUAUUUACUGGAAUGAUUGCAACCAACAACUUAUGUUUAAAAUAUGUUGACGUUUCAUUUUAUUACACAGGACGUUCACUAACAACUGUAUUUAAUGUUAUUUUCACAUACCUUAUGCUAGGUCAAAAGACUUCCAUAAAUUGUAUUGCAUGUUGUGCAUUUAUUGUGAUUGGAUUCUGGCUUGGUGUGGAUCAAGAACACAUCGCUGGUUCUCUAUCUAUUCUGGGAACAAUUUUUGGUGUACUAGGAUCGUUAACUCUUUCUUUAUAUUCCAUUCACAUGAAACAAGUUCUUCCUGCAUUAAAUCAAGAUAUUUGGUUACUCUCUUAUUGUAACAAUGCAUAUAGUGUCAUUAUAUUUCUUCCAUUAAUGUUAGCGAAUGGAGAACAUGUUACAGUGUACAAUUAUGAUAAGAUUGGAUCUUCAUAUUUUUGGUUGGCUAUGAUUGUUGGUGGUAUUUGUGGAUUUGCUAUUGGUUUUGCUACAGCACUUCAAAUAAAAGUAACAUCUCCUUUAACACACAAUAUUAGUGGAACUGCUAAGGCUUGUGCACAAACAGUUUUAGCAACUUAUUGGUUUGAUGAAAAGAAAUCAUUCAUGUGGUGGAUAAGUAACUUUGUUGUACUUAGUGCUAGUGCAAUGUAUGCUAGAUUGAGACAACUUGAUAUAAGUAGAGAAUACAAAGAAGAAAAGCAGCAAUUGCAAGGUGACAAAAUGUGAAUGAAUUUAUAAUUUAAACAUUUCAUAUUCAGAUCAAAGUAUAUAUAACAUAGAUUACAUUUUAUUGUGUAAGAUUUGUAUAAAAAUAGUUAAGAAAAUAAAAUUAAUUAUUUUUAUAAAA